GUCAGUUGGAAGGCUGCCUUGCAGCUGAGCCCUUCAAGGUAGGUGGGAGGAGUGGCUUGACGCAGGGCCAGAGGGAAGACUGAGCGCAAAGGCCAAGGAAGGAAAGGGGCCACUGUUAAAGUACAAUGCUUUUCUUUGACGCCUCAAACAAGUGGAUCUUGCAAACCAAAGGACUUUAGGACUGUUGGCCAGUAGAGUUAACUUUGUAAUCAACGUGUGCUCUACCUCUUUUCCUGUGUAUUGCCUUUCCAUAUCAUCUUCAAGCAAGAGUGACUAAAAUUAAAGAAGCUACAUUUAAGAAAAAAAUCUGUUCACGAGGGCAUCUGUUGAUAGGUUAUUUAAGUUUCAAUCAGAAGAGCAGAAAUGCCACCAAUGCCGAGUGGGCCCCCGCUUUACCCACCUCCUGAUGGGGGAUGGGGCUGGGUUGUGGUGGCAGCGGCUUUCAUCUCCAUUGGAUUUUCAUACGCAUUCCCCAAAGCCGUGACAGUAUUCUUCAAGGAAAUUCAGGAAAUAUUCCACACAACCUACAGUGAAAUAGCCUGGAUCUCGUCCAUUAUGCUAGCUGUCAUGUACGCUGGAGGUCCCAUAAGUAGUGUCUUAGUGAAUAAAUACGGCAGCCGGCCAGUGGUGAUUGUAGGAGGUUUACUGUGCUGCUUGGGAAUGGUCUUGGCCUCCUUCGCCACCAGUGUAAUACAGCUUUACCUCACUAUGGGAUUCAUUGGAGGUCUAGGCUUAGCCUUCAACCUGCAGCCAGCCUUAACCAUAAUUGGCAAGUAUUUCUACAAGAAGCGACCCAUGGCCAACGGACUGGCCAUGGCAGGAAGUCCUGUUUUCUUAAGUACCUUGGCUCCUUUCAAUCAGUACCUUUUUAACACUUAUGGUUGGAAAGGAAGCUUCUUGAUUUUGGGAGGUAUACUUUUGAAUUCCUGCGUGGCUGGUUCACUCAUGAGACCCCUCGGACCCCAACAAGCUCCUUUGGACUCCAAAAAUAAGACUGGCAUGAGCACAGAAGCUUCGGAUCCGAAGACAACCCAGAAGAAACCACUGUCGGAGAGAGUCCUUAAGUAUUUAGACUUCACCCUUUUUAAGCACAGAGGGUUUCUUAUAUACCUCUCUGGAAAUGUCAUCAUGUUUUUGGGCUUUUUUGCCCCUGUCAUAUUCUUGGCUCCUUACGCUAAAGAUCAGGGGAUUGACGAGUACUCAGCAGCUUUCUUGCUCUCUGUUAUGGCUUUUGUCGAUAUGUUCGCUAGGCCUUCGGGAGGAUUCAUUGCAAACUCCAAACUUAUCCGACCCCGAAUCCAGUAUUUCUUCAGUUUUGCAAUCAUGUUCACUGGAGUAUGUCAUCUCCUGUGUCCUCUGGCCAAGGACUACACAAGCCUGGUGGUAUAUGCUGUAUUUUUUGGCUUUGGAUUUGGGAGUGUUAGCAGCGUGCUCUUUGAAACGCUGAUGGACCUGGUUGGUGCUGCAAGGUUUUCCAGUGCUGUGGGACUCGUCACAAUCGUGGAGUGUGGUCCAGUUCUUCUUGGUCCUCCUCUGGCUGGCAAAUUGGUGGAUAUUACUGGUGAAUAUAAAUACAUGUACUUAGCCAGUGGGGCUAUUGUGGUAACUGCAAGCAUUUGGCUGCUCAUCGGCAAUGCUAUCAACUACAGGUUGCUGGAAAAGGAAAAGAAGCUGGAGGAAGCACAGCAGAAGGUGCGGGCGCCUGCGCCCAAGGAGUCUGAACCCUUGCACAAGCCCGUUCACGAGGACGAUGUGACCAUCAAGAUGCCCCAAGGGCAAGAUGUUCCUCCUUCAGAAAGAGAAACAAAUAUUUAAUAAGUCA